AUGGCCACGCAGUCAUUGACCUCGUUGCUGCAACGGGCCUCCAUUGACGAUCAUGAUGAAUUACUCCGCUCGGCGAAUGCAGAACUGUCGAGAUCCAAGUCGGAUCUCCACGCCCAACAUGUCAAGGUGGUGGCUCUGUUAAAGCUCGAUCGCUACGAGGAUUGUCUUCGUGUCUUCGAGGAGAACGGAGAAGCUCUGAAGAAGAAGGCUGCUCUGGAAUAUGCAUAUGCGCUUUACAAACUAAACCGUUCGGACGAGGCGAUCAGUGUCGUCUCUGGUCUUACGAGUGGAAGAGGUGCCAACCAUCUUGAGGCCCAAGCUAGCUACCGCGCCGAGAAAUUUACCCGCACAGCUCAAUUGUAUGAGGACUUGGCCAAGGACAAGGCGUCGCUGGGUCAUGAGGAGAACGACCUGCGGAUCAACUCGUGGGCCGCGGAUGCGCAAUUGCAGUGGAAGGGUUAUCCCGAAUACGUACGGCACACGAGGCCGACACGCGAUGACCUGGAAGCGUUCGAAACCGUUUACAAUGCUGCCUGUCUCAGUAUCGCUAAGGGGGAUUUCGCCCAGGCUGAAAUGCUCCUGAAGCGGGCAAAGGAGCUUUGCCGAACCUCGGAAGAUCUCACUCCAGAAGAUAGAGCUGCUGAGCUGCUCCCGAUCUCCGUCCAGCAGCUGUAUGUGCUGAUUCGCCAAGGCAAGUCGGAGGAGGCCGAGUCGGUCCUCAAGGAAAUUUCAGUAAAGGAUAUCUCCGAGUUUUCGACACGAAAAAUCGCCCAACACAACAUAACUCUCGUUCGUGACACAGCCGCCAACCCCUAUGUUCUCUACAAAGCUCUUCAUGAAACACCCGACUCCACCGAUAGCGACAAGCUCUUCGACUACCAGAAUAAUGUCAUGAUGGGCAAUUCUCACGCAGCCGAUCUUCUUGUUCAGAAGUACGAUGGCAUCAUCCGAUCUGCAUCCAAAGUCCUCUCGAAAGCCCCCUAUCCCUCCACUGAAGCACGCACGAACCUUAUCUCGGUUUACAGCGCCGCCGCCCAUGCACAGGGACAAACCGGGCUCAAGGCUUUGAAGUCAACCCUCCCCGUGCUGGAGAGACGACCUAAGGACGUUGGUCUGGUCCUGACCGCUGUCCAACUCUACGUGAGCGCCGGCAACACCACUUCCGCCAUCAGCACGCUUGAGAAACUUCUUCAGAAUCUUGACGAAUCCAUCUCCGAGCAAGAGCAGGACGUUCGAUUCAACCCCGGACUGCUCACCGUGCUUAUCUCCCUGUACAAGCUUGAGGGUCGCAAAGUUCAGAUUCGCUCAGAACUGGCCAAAGCCGCAAAGCACUGGCGGAAUCGCGCCGAGGCAUCUCAGCCACUCCUCCGAGACGCUGGAGCAUCGUUGCUUCAUUCGUCGGACCCCGCAGAUCUCACCCUCUCAGGCGACAUCUUCAAGGACCUCUACCAGAAGAACACCAACGACCGAUUCGCAGUGGCCGGCUACGUCGCCUCACAGGCCACCCUGGACUACGCCAAGAUUGAGUCGCAGCUCAAUACCCUCCCUGCUGUUGAGGACUUGAUCGCAGACGUGGACAUCGCCGCCCUGGAGCAAGCGGGCGUUUCUCCUUCUUCGGCGACAGCUGCAGCCGCUGCAGCCGCCAUCGCUGGAGCAAGAAAGCGACCCUCGGGUGGAGACCAAGCUCGUGCCGCGAAGCGCGUGCGAAAGUCUCGUCUCCCCAAGGAAUAUGACCCCAGCAAGACCCCGGAUCCGGAGCGGUGGUUACCUCUCCGUGACCGCUCUACGUAUCGACCCAAGGGGCGGAAGGGCAAGCAGCGUGCCGCCGAGAGGACGCAGGGUGGUGUGGUUAAUGAGAAGGCAGAGGCUGCCACCGCUACGCCAGUUCAGCAGCAGAAGUCAGGUGGCGGUGCCGGUGCAAAGAAGAAGAAGAAGGGAAAGCGGUAG